AUGGAAAUUGAAAAUGACCACGACGUCGAGAUCUAUAUACGGAAGCUAAAAUCGAUAAUUAAAUAUCAGCAGUUCCUUAUGAGGUUGGUUGACUACUUAAACGAACUACUAAGCGUGCCAAUUGCACUGUUAAUGGUUACUAGCGUUGCCCUGAAAUGUAUAAGUAUGUACAAUAUGACAAUAAACCAAGGAUCUAUAUCUGACAAAGGUAGAACGAUUGUAACAAUCUUAUCUGUAAUCGCAGAGUUCUUUUUGGCAUAUGGCCUACCCGCCCAAAUAUUGAUGGACGAGUCAACAGCAACAGCAGACACUAUAUAUUCCGAGUGCAAAUGGUACUUACCGAAAUUACGGUGUCUGCGAUGUCAUUUUUUGAUUAUGAUGACCCGGAACCAGAGAGGUGUUUGUAUAAGGGCUGGAAACUACCACGUUAUUAAUAACGGAACUGUUCUACUGAUGGUGAAAACUGCUUAUAGCUUUUAUGCUUUCUUACAAAAUGUAACUUAA